AUAAUAAUAUAAACGUUAUGUCAUUAUUGAUUUGUUUUAUCAAAUUUUAUACAUUUGUUAUUUAACCUAUAUAAUUUUUAUAUAUUAAAAUAAAUUUUUUUUGCUUUUUUUUUUAUUCUAUUUUAUUCUAUUUUAAUUUUUUAUUAAUUUUCUAAAAUUAAUAAAAAUAUUAUUUUGUAAAAAUAUUUUCAAAAAUAAAUAAUGUCCUUGAAAAUUGAUAAUGAUAUUUUAUCUCUAGAUUGAUAAAAUUAAAUGCAGAAAGAUAAAUUUAACUGCAAAUUUUUUUUAUAUAAUUUUACCGAUGGGUGAACACACAGGAUUAACAAAUUGUGAAGCACGUGAACUUUGUAAAAAGGCUGAUCCAGCAACAAAUGGUUAUAUAAUGCAACAAACAAUGUAUCGUAUUAAAGAUCCACGAAAAUCAUUACCUUUCUAUACUGAAGUACUUGGUAUGCAGUUAUUACAGAAACUUGAUUUUCCCGAAAUGAAGUUUUCCUUAUAUUUCUUGGGAUAUGAAGAUCCAAAAGAUAUACCUACUGAUAAGAGAGAAAGUAUUGAAUGGACAUUUAGUCGUAAAGCAACUUUAGAACUUACUCAUAAUUGGGGAACAGAAACUGAUCCUGAUCCUACAUAUCAUAAUGGGAAUACUGAACCUCGUGGAUUUGGUCAUAUUGGAAUUACAGUACCUGAUGUAGAAAAAGCAUGUGAAAGAUUUGAAAAAUUAAAUGUAGAAUUUAUAAAGAAACCUAAUGAUGGUAAAAUGAAAGGAAUUGCUUUUAUUAAAGAUCCAGAUGGCUAUUGGAUUGAAAUCUUAAAUCCAGUAAAUAUUGCAAAUAUAGUACCAGUUCAAUAAAAUAUUUUGCAUGAAAUAAUUUUUUGACUAUCCACAAAUGUAUAAAUUCCAUUAAACAAAAUCUGAAUUAAACUAAAAUCAUCAUUGUUUAUGUAUAUGUAUAUAUAUAUAUAUAUAUAUAAUUUUAUAUGUACAUAUACAUUUUAAGAUUGUAAUUAUUCAUAUUUAUGUAUAUUUUAUAGCAUCUGUACAUUGUGUUAUAUGUAUAAUUUAUGUAUAAUGUAAUAUCUAAUUAUUCUUUGGUAAAUAAAAUCAAAAUAUUUAUUUUUGAAUCAUCAA